GCGAAGUUUAGAUGUCCCCCAUCUGUUGCGGCAUAACUGACGAUCGCGCGCAUCUUCUCUCCACUUUUCUCCACAAAUCUUUUUCAAUAUAGAGAAGGAGAGAUUUGACCCUCAAGGCGCAAAACAUUUUUAAAGCGUCAAAAUUGUGAUAUCUUUAUUUGGAUUUUUUUGCACUGGAAUCACUUAUAAUUAGGUUUUACUUUUGUUACCAGUUUUCAAAUUCGUCAAAAACAUUUAUUGUGAUGCAGAAAAUCAAAGUAUAUAAAAUGUGAAUGUCCAUGUUUAUAAUAUCUUCAUCGUGGCCAACAACUGAGAUCAUCUGAACCGGAUGGAACGCCAUGUUGCUUUUUUUCAUCCUCUUAGUCGCCGUCGACGGAAGUGACGUCACACGAGAUUUCUUUGGCGACAUCUUUCGCAUGCGGGACUGUCACAACGGGUCCCGAUGCGACAAUGGGGGCACGCGUCCCGCCCUGGAGAUACCUGGCCGCCCCUGCUUUUGUCAAUGCGCCCCCACACAUUUAGCUUACCGAGAAGACAAGCAGCAAUGCGUCAAGGACAUAAGAGAAUGUUACAUGUCCGUUUUUUACCGGCCAUUCACGGUGGAAGCCAUCCCUUUGGUAUACCUUCCCACCAGUGGUCAGUUGGUUCAUCCAGAUGCUCAUUUGUCACUUGCAGGUCGAAAGAACGCCGAGGCAGGCUUCCCUUCUUGCAAAGCCGCCGUGUCUCAGUACCUGACGAAAGAAGGGUGGCGUACCUUAACACGCGUUGAUGGCGGCGGACCUGUUUUUGGACUCUUCGCAGACGGCAACAAAACUUUCCUGCAGUUUUUGGGCAACUCUCAAGACAGACGAGUCUUGCAGCAGCAUCUUGCUUUGGUUCGAUUGUUCUGCAAAAUUCCACAAUACUCGCCGUUCGAAACAUGCGUGGCCAUAAGGGUCGGAUGGGUGCCUGGUAUCGAUUCAAUGGAUGAUGACCCUCCAAACAGCAAAGCUAAUAUGAUGGUGGUUGGACUGUCUUUAGGAAUCCUAGGACUGGUGUAUGUAUUUGCCGUCUUAGUAUAUCUGAGAAUUCGUCGCCAACAAAUCGCCAAACGCAAGAGCCAUUCCGAUCAAGAAGCAUGCAUUCCAAAAAGGGAUGACGAUUCAGAUAAGGCUUCCACUCAUACACGCAUCGAAACAUCAAAACGCCUUGAACUGUAUCAUACCACUUCUAUGGGAAGACGAAAAAUAGGCUCCGAUCCUUGGUCACAGAUGUCGUCCAUUGUUGAGACCUACAAUCAAACCUGGACUGACCGCAUGGGUCAACAUGGAUGCGAAUUCAAAGCUCAAGAUUUCCAACUUCAGCCAGAGUUCUUCGAGCCCGAAUUCAUGGCUUCUCCACCUCAACAAGUGCUAGAGUAUUUAGAACGACUUCAAAACUCUGUGACAUUUGCUCGUCACCGCUUGCGAAGUUGUUACCGGUACCAACCUACACUUAUCGGCAUACCUGAAGAUGACUAUUUCUACCAAGAACUUGAGAAGGUAAGAAAAUCACCCAGUAAAGAAAAGAGGACAACACCUGAUGGAGGGUCAGCUUCUUCGAUGGCUUCUCUCCUGGAAAUUGAGGAGGGCCCCAAAGAAGAAAAACCCAAAAAAGAGAAAACUCCUCCAAAAAUUCCACCUCGUAAACCGCAGCGCAAGACAGUAACCAAAACUAAAGUGGAGAUUAACCAUGAUGCUCUGAAAAGUUCAGAACAAGAACAAAAAGAAAUUCAGAAUGCAAUGAAUACAUUAAAUGAGACUCUGGAUGCUUUGGAAUACGAUAUUUACAAGCAUGAUUUGAUGCAUCAAAUAUCCGAUCCGGAGCACACGAAUCCCAGUCGAUCGAGUUCAAGAGAAGGUGAACUCGAUGACUUCGAUACAUCUUCUUGUAGUUCGCUUUCUGCUGUCACCGUUUUAGGCAGAGACAAUAAGAAAAAUAUGGAUAUAAACUCGACAGGAAGUCGCAGUGUUGAAAGAAACUUAUCUGAAGAAUUCAGCACGUUCAGCAAUUCAACUUAUAGUAUUGGAAGUGUUAUGCCUGGUCUUUUUGCUCAAAAUAAUACAUCGGACGAUAUAGAAAGAUCCCCUGAUGGAGCUGAAGACGAUGGCUGUCAAAAUCAAGGAACUGUAGAAGCAACAAAUAAGGAUCAAAACUGUCAAGAAGAAGAACCAAGAUUAAACUACCAAGAAGAAAAACAAAGAUUAAACUGCCAAGAAGAAAAACCAAAAUCAAACUGCCAAGAAGAAAAACUAAGAUUAAAUUGCCAAGAAGAAAAACCUAAAUUAAACUGCCAAGAAGAAAAACAGAGAUUUUCACUUCCUCAGAAAGAUCAAAACGAAAAACUUCCAUCUCAGUUUCCAAAUAAAUUGGUAACUUGCACUGUGAAGUCUUUUCCUCCACCUAUUGAAAAGACAACAGCGGCAUCUCAUUCGUUAUCUACUUGUUCAGAAGAAUCUUCUGCUACAUAUUCUGAGUCUUCAGAUGCCUCAAGUGUAUAUUCGGUAAAAUCUAAUAACACUGCCUAUUCUGUAAAAUCUUCUAAACCAUCUAAAACAUCUACAGCUGAAUCUUCUAGGAAUCAUACACCAGUGUCUUCGGCCUCAGCUGCAGUAUCUCCCUCAGGAGACGAAACAAAACCCUCGAAGAAACAGUCAAGUAAGUGCCAUGGACAUAAACGUUCCAGUAUCCCCUCAGGUUCAGAUCAGAAUGAUCCAUCUAAUAAAAGAUCCGACAAGCGGCAUUUACUAAUAAAAUCUUCGUCUACUGAAAGCAUGACUACCAUUUCCACUGACAUGACAACAGAUUCCUUAGAAUCUUGUCCUUCAUCGCCCAACCUUGAAAGAUCUUCUCUCAGUCCCACCCCCAGCUUGGUAGAUAUGUGGAUCAGCAAACUCAUUCAAAAUUCUAUUCCAUACUCAAAAUCGCGACGAAAAUUUAAAAAAAAGUUAGUCUUACCAGAAAAUGAGGUUGAUAAUUGGGAACACGUAUGUCAGAAGCAUAAAGAUCCUUGUCCGAUGCAUGAUUUGAAAGAUGUUGAACCCAAUUUGAUUGACAAACUCGCGCAUUAUAGCUCUAAAACUAUGGCUGGCAAGGAUGUGGCAGGAUAUUUUCAGUCGCUAAGACAGGAUGUUUUGAAGGAACAUUUAAAAUCCUGGCUGUUGACAAAUGGUCAGGUUAAAAAACAUAGGAAAGGUAUUUCUGUUAAAUACAAAAGUAAAGAAUCAUCACAUAAGAAACCGCUGGUUCCAGUUAGCCAAGAUACGAACUCAGUUUCUGAUUCUGCUACAAACACUAACUGGACUUCUUUCCACAAAUCUUCUAACGGUACAAUAGCCAAAGAUCACUCAAACAGCACCAACGGACACUGUUCUAUAAACUCAACUACAUCAACUACAGAAUUAAUUGACUCUUUAGAUUCAGAAAAUACUAACGAAAUGUCAAAUGCAUCUGAUACAAAUGACUCAGUUCAAGUCAGUUAGCCUGAAAUUGUUUGUACAUUUUCAGUAUCUCCAUACUUUGUAAUGUGCUAAUACCUUUUGUCAGGAUUUCACAUGACACUAUGAACAAAUUUUACAUAUACGUGUGAGCAAUUGUAUGUAACUAUGUAUACGUAAUUCUAUGCAUUUAAGUGCGA